AUGUGGCGUGUCUUGAGGCCUAAUUUUUGCCUUAAGGAUGUGACCAUUAAUGCUGACCAUAUGUCUAUUUAUGUCUCCAAGCGAAAAAAUGACCAGUAUCGGGAGGGUCACACCUCUUAUCUUGCCAGGUCUGGGAAAUCUACGUGCCCAGUUUCCAUUACUGAACGAAUUAUUCAGGUUUUGUCGCAGUCUAAUUCAUCGCUUCCGCUUGUUCGUCGUAUUGUGAAGUCCAAAUCUGGCGAGUAUUUCCACGCUAGCAAGGGCGUGUCUAAUUCUACUCUUAGAGAGGAAUUCAAGAAGUACAUCCGGCCCUUUGUUGACGACGUUUCAAAGUACGGCACGCAUAGUAUGAGGUCUGGUGCAGCGUCGAACGCCGCUUGUAGGCGCAUACCGGGCGAUUUAUUGGAUAUGCAUGCUGGGUGGAGGUGUCCUUCCUCGAAGAACAGAUACAUUAAACAUACAAUUAAAGAUCGUUUAAGCGUUUCAAAAUCGCUUUUGCUCUGAGGGUAUACUUUACGCUAGUUUACAGUUUAUUCUUGUCAUUAGUUUGCGAUUAUUUUGUGCUUUUUUGCUAGUUUAUAACUAUUGUAGUUCUAGUUUACUAUU